AUGCCAAAAGCAGCAAAGAAACCCAGACAUAAAUCUAGAGGAGCUCCCAUACAAGUAGCAGAAUCUAUUGGAUCAGGAUCAGCCAAAAUAAAAAAGAAGAUAAGAGAUAUAGAGCGAUUAAUCAAGAAAAAUCCAAAUCUUCCUGCUGACAAGAAAAUUGAAUAUGAUAGAGCCCUUAAAGCAUUAAAGGUUGAAUUACAAAAUUCCCAAGUUCAAAAUAAAGCUAAAGUAUUAGCAAAAAAAUAUCAUAUGGUUCGUUUCUUUGAAAGAAAGAAAGCAGUGAGGAAAUUGAAAAAUUUACGUAAAGAAUUUGAAGAAAUUUCUAAAGCAGGAGUUAGGAAAGAUAUUAAAAAGGCUAGAAAACAAUUAAGACAUGGAGAAAUAGAUUUAGCAUAUGUUAUUUUAUUUCCUAAAACUGAAAAAUAUAUUUCAUUAUAUCCAUCACCAAAUGAUGAAGAUCAAACAGAUCCAAAUGUCAUUAAAGGUUUAAAAAUUACUGAAGAACGAAGACGAGAAUUUAGAAAACAGGUUGAAAAAUUGAUGGAAGAAGGAAAAUUACCAUUCUCUAUUGAUGAUGCAUUAGAAGGAAAGAACGUUAGAUUGGAUAAUGAGAGAAACCAAAAAGCUGUUCUCACUGAAGAAAUUGAUGCUCCAGAACAAAAACAAGAUGAACAACAAGAAGAACAAGAUGAUUUCUUUGAAUAA